GUUUCGUGCUAACAAAUCCAAUCCGAUCUAAUUGGCGGCUGCGUGCGUGUGGAAGGGUUUCGGUGAAUCCUUGUAGCAUUGCGACCGAUGUGAAUCUAAGUGCUUUUGCUUGGUUCCCAAGGACAAAUUGUUGUUUUUGUCAUUUCGCGAGCAUGUUCAAGAGGACAUUAGUGCGAGUGCACAAUAUGACGCGUCAGCGGUGAGCAUGCGUCGCUGUUAUCACUUUGGUGAUGGCUUCUGAAAGCCGCCGCCGCCGAUAGUGGGGGUUUACCCCAACCUGUGUAUGCGACGUGCUACUCAAGCUAAGGCAAAGGCCGUGCGCCGAGUCGCUGUUGUUGUGAGUGCAGGUGCGUCGCGCAAGCGGCGAUCCAUGCGUGGAGGAGUGACAGCUCCGAGGACGCCGCUUCCGUCGUUGUUGUCUGCGUCACUCCUCGGUGCUGCAUCCCUUACGCUGCGUGCCAGGAAUGUCAGUUCUCUCCCGCUGCAGAUAAGAGGCAGUCAAUGAACGGUUCGACCACUUCGAGCUCUUGACCAGCGUAGUCGCAGCGGCGCACACGAUGAGCCUCCCAGAGGCAUUAGGUGCUGCCAGCACUGAGGACCUGCUGCCGCUUGCAAGCGUGGCAGGGCCCUCUUUGGAGCAGGAGGCCAACAGCCAGCCAGCGACAGCUGCUACCUCGCAGAACACCACUCCACGGGACACGCCACCGUCUACGCCAGGGCUGGCGCGCCGUCUCUCGGGUGUGCCGGCCCUCAAGCUCAACCUUGAUGACACCACAUGGAGCACCGUGCGGCCGCCCAAGGCUGUUGGUGCCACGCAUCUUGCACAGCGCAAAGAAGAGCCCAAACGCUCUGGAUUUGCCAAUAAGGCAGCCAAGGCGCUGGCUCUUGUGCGCCAGAGCCGGACGCCAGAAUUCCGGUUCCGGCUUGUUCUGGCUGUGCUCUUCCUCAGCAUAGUGAGUGUGGUGGUCCUGACAUGGCACCUGCAUGAGGCAUUCCAGGAGGCCACCCGACUCUCCACCAAGUCUGACUUUGAUCCUCAGACACGAAGGCUGCGCUUGCUUGAUCGUGGAGGCCGCACCCUGCUUCAGGGAGAACUUGGCCAGGUGAUCCCUCCAGCUCUGGAAGCACACAUCUGCCCUGUGCUGCACCUCGGCUACUGCUAUGAGUGGAAGUAUCGUGCUCGUCUCGAGAUGCGGGUUGCACCCAUGCAGGGUGAAAUAGCCUGCUACGAAGUGCACUGGCGGGCUGCGAGUGUGCAUACAGAACUGGUGGAUUGUUACGACCUCACGGGCGCCCACUGGUUUGGCAUGGGCGAAGUGGCAAACCUGAGCUGGCCGCUCGCAAAUCUUCAGCUCAACACUAUGGCCUUUGAAACGGGUCGUGCUGACCCGCUGGGUUCUGUGUUAGAGCCGUACUGGCUGUCGUCACGUGGGGUAUCAAUUUUGGCAAGUCCCAAUCAGGCGUUGAUGUUCAGCUUCAAUGCUUCUGGCAGUGAACGACUCUGCCUGGCCGCGAAGGAGGAGCUAAACUACACGCUAUGCACGGGACCUGACGUGUUGGCCAUUCACAGAGCAUCGGCACCACGCCGUCCCGAGCUCAACAAUUUCACGGCUGCAGAGGAAGUCUUUGUCAGGCAUCCAGUACUAGUGCCUAGGCCUGGUGAGGAUGGCAAUUUGACGCAAGCAACUGUGCAUGAGUAUGCCAACCGGUUCGUGAACCAUGGUUUCAAUGGUGGCUUUGUAUUGAUUCGUGAUGGCUGGCAGCGCACUCAAGGUGACCUGACUUUCUGGAAGGAUGCAUUCCCACAUCCAGCAGAGAUUGUCCGCAUUCUUCAUAACAAGGGAAACAAGGUUUUGUUGGACGUACAUCCCUACUUCUGCCUCAACUCUAACAACUUCAGGGCUGCUAUGGACGGAGAGUACCUUCUGGCUGACCAGAGCAAGGUUCCACUGCUGACCCGCUGGAAUGGCAGCCUUUGUGCUGUGGUCAACCUAUUUGAGGAGCGGGCUGCUGAUUGGUUCCUGGAGCAGCUUAGAGAACUGAACAGGACGCUUGGAGUGGACGGCUUUGUGUUUCGCGGUGGCCAAGCACGAGCACUGCCCUACGGCCAAGGACGAUGGGCAUCGGCAUUCCUUGGGCGCUACCUUGAAGUUGCUUCCCGCAGCAGCCCUGUCCUCGGCACACCAGGUGGUGCAGGAUUUGUCACCCUGGCACCCCAGCCAUCCACUUGGGCUGCACUGCAGGGCAUCCUGCCCAAGGUUUUGACCUUGGGCCUUCUGGGCCACCGUGUAGUCAGUCCCGGCUGUGUGGGUGGAGACUUGGUGGCCCCUGGGACCAAGCCCGAGAGGGAGCUCUACUUUCGGUGGUGGCAGUUGGCUGUGUUUCUGCCCGUGCUGCAGUUUUCUGUGCUUCCCAGUGACUACAACGAUGACUUUGAGCUCACUAAGGUAUCACGGGUGCUCACACAAUUUCGCAAGACGCGAGUGGAGCCAGCCAUGAAGGAGGCCUUGGAGGAGGAAGCACCUCUAGUGAGACCUUUGUGGUGGCUCGACCCCCGAGACCACAACACAUAUGGGGCGGGCCACCAGUUUGCACUGGGCAACAACCUCAUUGUAGCUCCUGUGUUGGAACCAGGACGAAAUUCAGCAUAUGUCUACCUGCCUCAAGGCUGGUGGUGCGAGGACCAAAAGUUGCACCGUGGUGGCAAGUGGAUCAGCGUCACUGCACCGCUUGAGAAGGUCACCUACUUUUCACGGUCAGACAAGUGCUAAAAGCCUGGUGAUCCAUAACCUGAGGCCAAGGUCGAAGUGUGGCAUUACGCACCAGCUGACGAUGGCAGUCUUGCUGUGCUGCCUGUCUUGGUGCUCAAGAGAUUGCCGGUAUUGGCAGCCCGAACGUGGCUCAAGAGAAAGUGCAUUCCAUUAUGCUUCAACCAGCGAGAUAGCUAGGUGUCGUUCUUGGGCUAACUUGAGCGGCAUGAUUGAAAAGAGACUAUGCAGCUUUGAAUCUGGCUCAACCAGGGUACAGUUUUGCAAGAAAUCACAUCCCACAACCUCCUUUGAGGUAGUCAAGUUUCAGUGCAAUUUACGAGUCAGUGUCGCCAUACUUUUCUCUGAGAAACUCAUCUUUCAGCGAGCUCAGGGGAAUGGCAGCACAACAUGGGUAAAAGGGUGAAAAUUGGUGCAAGCUGCAGCAACGGAACUUUACCCUUGGUGUAUUGGAGCACAUGUUACAGAGAAGUGCUUGAGAAAUUAAGGAUACUGAUGACGUUAAUGCUGCAAUAGCAGAGUGAAAGUACAUAGCGGGCAGACACUGAUGGUAGUUAAGACGACCAUCCUUGCCUCAAAUUGGGGGAAACAGCAUUAAGCACACAGUGAAGCAUUUGUAGCCUGUUUUAGUUUUAACCUUUAUAGCUAGUUUAUGUUAGCUCAACAGAUGUUGGACUUUAUGUUGCUGUGUAUUUUUCUCGAAGACGCAUGCUCAAUCUGUAUUGAAUGAAGUUGUAUUCCAAGUGUUGUUUGAUAUGGCUUGUCCCCCCCCCCUCCUUCCCUCUCACCAUUUCUGUAUUGAAGGUUUGUUUGUUUCUUGUGUGGGGCGGGCAUUUUAGGCGGUAUAAGAGGGAUUCCAGGUCAGCAGAAGUAAUUGUACUUCACAUUUGUGACUUUUGACAAGGUUCAGAUGCUGGGAUAUUCAGGAUUGUGUAGGAUAGGAUUAGAUACAAAGGGUUGGACAACCAUCAUGAAGCCUUUCAGGUAAAGGGGCAGCUCCAGCCCUCUAUGUGAAAGUGACUUGAAACCUUUUUAGCAUUUAUAUGUAAAGCAUAAAGUGCAAUAUACUGUUACUAGACAUCCAGCUUGCACUUGUGCAUUGUUUGUUGUGAUGGACAGCUGCAGGGGUGCACCUGUGUUGAGAACUGUCACUUCUCAAGUGCCUUAUUUUUACAUAAUUUUGCAUAGUGCUUGCUCAGCAGGCAUUUUCAACAACUGAGGCCCUAAGGCCCUGGUUAACUGCAAAUUAUUGAUUAUACCAUUGGUGUGUGUUAGGUGAGAGUAGCACAAACUUCCAGCUAGUACUAUUGCUCACAAGGAUGCACAAGUUCAUCUCUUUAAUUGGAAACAGAGAUUACGAUUUCUAGGUUUUGCUUGUACCACUGUCUUCUUUUACAUCAACAUUGUGCUGAGUAACUGCUUUUGAAUAAUUGUGAUGUUUGUACUGCCACAAAAAUUUUUCAAGUCAGCUCAUUAAUAGCAGAGAUAGAAAUAUUUCAGUGCUGUGAACCCAUUUCAGCAGGCAAGCUCCACUGCAUAGCGAGACUCCCUCUCCACUCGCCCGUCUAGCCUUCGCAAGCGAAAUUCCUUCCCUGCGUUCUCCCAUGUCGAACCUCGAGGCGCAUACGUCACGGGCCCCGCCUUCACUUUUUUCUUUCUCCUCGCUUUUCUUUUUUUCUGGCGCUACGCAUUUCCGCUGACGGCGUCAUGCACAAGCUGUUGUCUCGUUCGUGCAGUGCACGAUUUUGCACGCUGUGCACAAGGAAACAUGACUAACGGUAUAAUUCAGUGCUACACGAAUACCGAGGCAGAACAAGCGGAUCGCAGAGCAUGAUCACGCGCCGGAGCACGGUAGAAAAUGGCAUAGUUUCAGUACCUACGCACGUGACCGCACGACCGUGGGAACAAGCAGACGAAGCAGAAGUACAUCACUCUUGAUGAGGGGCCCUUUAACAGCUCUAACUGCAAAUUAGGCAAACUGGUAUGUAUAUUUAGAGACAUGCAACCAACUAUAUACAGUUACUUUCAUGGUCUAUUUCACAGCAUGCAUGUCAUCACUGUGGCAUUUAAUGCUUGUAAUUUUGUUGAGAUUACUUGUCUAACAAAUACGUCAAAAACAAGCUGCCUCCUUACUUUUCCUCAGCAGUUAUUGCAAGGAGCCUUUCAGUUCCUUUGUGUUACUCUUUGUGUUAUGGCUUCUAGAAGGCUCUCAGUGUUGGAUGAAAUAUAAUUCAGGAAUGAGGACAGAUUUAAAGAUCAUUCAAGAAAAACUAAACUGGCUCACUUUGUGUCCCCUGCGUCGCAUGCAUAGCAUGUACAGUUAAGGCUGGAACGCUUAAUUUUUUUCUUGUGUAGUGUCAUUGUGGCCUUUGCAACUUUCCGGUGAGCAGUACUGUGGCUGCACUCGUGUAGCAAGGCCUUGAGAUUUUCCGUCUUCCAUGUUAUGUACUUUCACAUUUUUGUAUAUGAUUUAGCUGAGAGCAGUAUACUACUGUACUGUGUUUGGCUAUUGUGUAUAUUUCAAGUAUAUGUCAAAAAAUGUAAACACAUUAUAAAUUUGCCUAUUCUUUGGUCAUUCCACCUCUCAUGACACAUUGACCUUCAAUUUUUCAUAGGAUAUGAUUCUUGUGUUCUUUGUGAGCUGACUGUCAGUGAAAUUUUCUUGAUGGCAUUUUUUUCAGCUUUUCACAUCCUGAAUGCAUGUUAACAUGUGGUCUUGACUGUUGAUUUCACAAAUCUUGGGAAACAGUGCUGUGAACAUAUGGAGAAGCCAUUGCUCAAUCUUGGUGUGUUUCGUGUGCUUAUCAUUCCAAGUAUUUUAAGUGGCACCCUGUCCUACCAAGUCAUUCUGCACAAAGUUAGUGCAUUAAGUCAUUGUGCAACCAGUCAUGACUGCACUGCUUGAGAACAAAUGCAUUGCUUCAUAUACUAUGUCAUAAUGAGAUGCUGCAGUGUUUUGUCUCAUUUAGAUGUCUUGUGUGUUAAAUAAUGCUGAAAAGUUCAUAUUUUUUUAUGCACUUUUGGUUAGCUUGCUUUUGACUUGUCAUUUGCAAGUAUCCACAUAAUGCAUUGUCAUCAAGCCAAUAAGUACAGAAAUUUCUGGUGGCUUUGACAAGUUGUUUAUGUUGCCUCUGCCAGUGUGCAUGUGGCAAAAAGUAUUGCUUUGGCACUGUUGGUUUGCCAUGUGCUAUAGGAACUGUUCCUUGUUAUAUGUAUAUAUACCGUUGGCUGUGAUAACCAAGAGUUUGUGAAACAAUGCUGGUGUUACAGGUGCGUUGUUGCAAGCACUGGCAUUCGUAGUGGUGUCGUCUUCAACCACCUGUGUUUUGUGUUUUAUUUUAUCCCCACAUCGUCUUGGACGAUCAAAAAGCCUGCCUGUGCAGAGAUCAAGGUGUGCCUGUGUGCGAGUGGUGCUCUUCAGAAUUAUUUCUUUGUCACCCAUCAACAUGGAUGUUUGUUACAACCGUUCUAGUAUUUCUCACUUGUUUUAUGUGCAGACUUUACAGUCUUGAAGAGCAGCUGUCAGGAACUUGUGUCACAAAUUUUUUAAUGUCUGUGCAAAGGUUGUACAAAAUGCUCCUGUGCUGUUCCGAGAUGGGGCAAGUUUUUAUGCAAUCAAGAUACUUAUAUGUUGGUGCUGAGUCACAGGAAACAGUUGUUGACUUCAAUUGUAUUUUUGAAUAAAAUGAGUACUUGA